AUGCAUGCAAGUGCUGGCAAUAGGCACUACAAGUUAUGUGCCUUGACAGCAAUUGUUCUUAUAGCUCUUUGGUCCAUGUUUACAGGCACAGUCACCCUCAAAUGGUCCACAAACAACGUUAAUCAAUUCUCAGAUGGAUUGGAUUCUAUGAUUCUUGAAGAUCUGGAUGUGUUGGAAGUGGAGGAGAGAGAGAAGGUUGUGAGACAUAUGUGGGAUGUGUACACUCGGAGUCAUAGUAACUCCAUGGGAUUACCUCAGUUUUGGUUGGAAGCUUUUGAAGCAGCUUACGAGAACUUGGUCAGUGAUGUUCCUGCGGUUCGAGACACUGCAGUUUCAGAAAUUGCCAAGAUGUCACUGGCACUGCGCUCACAAAUUUUACAUCAACUUCCUCUUCAAAUUGAAUUACCAUUUCAUGUGCAGAGCAACAGGAGAUCAAGAAAACUUAAGCAAGACAAGAUUCAGAAGGAAUUGGAUCAUUAUAAGACCAUGCAUUUAAAAAUGAAACAAUCUUACCUCCUAAAUAAAAAAGAAAAAAAAAUUAUGACUGUCUAG